AUGCGGCAGGUGAUCCGCUUCCUGGCUGACGACUCCCUGAAGGGCCGCCAGCCAGGCACAGCUGGGGAAGAGGCCGCAGCUGCCUUCGUGGCCAGUAAGAUGGAGGAGCUGGGCUGUGAGCCGGCUGGCGAGCAGGGCACUUACUUCCAGACAGUGCAGAUGGUCGGUUUGACGGCUGUACGGAGCUCCUCGAUGAUUGGCUUUGAGGUGGGGGGCUUCCAGCUGACCGGCCACUUUGGAGAUGACUACGUCCACUCCAUGGACCAUUUGGCUGAGGGCGAGCCAGAGUGUGCUUUUGAGGGCUUGGAUUUGGUCUUUGUUGGUCAUGGGGUGACAGCUCCCGGCUUGGAGUGGGACGACUUCAAAGGCCAGGACGUAGCAUCCAAAGUGUUGCUGGUCUUGAUCAGCCAGCCUCCUGUGGAGCCAUUUCCCCAAGAUGACCUCAUGUACUAUGGUCGAUGGACAUACAAGUUCGAGGAGGCACGGCGACGUGGUGCGGCAGGCUGCCUUAUUAUCCACUUCAGCGAUGAGUUUGCUGGUUAUCCCUGGAGCGUCACGCGUACUGGCUACAGUGGCGAGAAGGUUGCUCUGGACAAGCCGCAGCCGAACCCUCUGGCUCUUCAUGGCUGGCUGGAAAGUAAACUUGCCUGCAAGCUGGCCGAAGCUGCUGGGACCACUCUAGAUGUCUGGGUGCAGCAAGCCCGGCAGCGGGAUUUCCGGCCUGUAACCGUCGGUCGGAUAUCACACUCCGCUCAGUACGAGAUGCGUCGAUUUUCAGGCCGGAAUGUCCUCGGUGCCCUCCUCGGCCAUGAGGACGCAAGAAGGCACGAGGCUGUGGUCAUUGCUGGACACCACGACCAUUUGGGUGAACGCGACGGCGAGAUCUACAACGGGGCUGUGGACAACUGCACUGGAGUUGCGAUGAUGCUUGCAACCGCGAGAAGGCUGGUUGAGUCCGGCAUUCAACUGAAGAGGUCAGUGCUUCUGAUGGCCCCCACAGCCGAGGAGUGUGGCCUCUUGGGCUCAGACUUCUACGCAGAAGCUCCACUGCAGCUCGGGGGCCGCCAAGCCAAACCGCUCGCUGCCUUUGCGUUUGAUGUGGGGAACGUGUGGGGUAAGACCCGUGACAUCUCUGUCCUGGGCUUGGGUAAGAGCACUCUGGACUCCUUGUUGUACGAAGUGGCUUCUGCACAGGACCUGUCGCUUGUCCCAGACCUCCAGCCGAAGAUGGGCCUCUUCUACCGGAGUGACCAUUGGAGUUUUGUGAGACGUGGGGUUCCUGGCUGUUGGUUCUUCUUCGGCCGCGAGUUUAUUGGGAAGCCCGUCAAAUAUUAUGAGGACGUGGUCGGCAGGUACAUCCAGUCUGAGUAUCACAAGCCAGCCGACGUCUACCACCCCGACUGGACGAUGGCAGGUCUUUUAUCCCAGGUAGACUUCACCGUGGCUGUUGCGCAGGCACUGUGCACCCGCACGGACGUGUACCCUUCCAUGAAACCUGAGACGGCAUCCCCAUCCUUGAGUAUCCCAGAGGUCCCUGCUGGCUUCGCCCGGAGGAGGCGGCCUGGCAAGCCCAGCGUCAGCUUCGGGCUACGCUGUUUUGACUGCAAGAUCGAAGGCUGCGUUUGCUUCCUUUGA